AAUUCUCACAAAGGUGAAAUGGAGGAAAAUAUGCACAACAUGGCAAGUGCAGUUUUAACUGAACUCCGUCUGGAGGGGAAACUGUGUGAUGUGGUGAUCAAGGUGGGUGACGUCAAGUUCGAUGCCCACAGGAUCAUCCUCUGUGGCUGCAGCCCCUACUUUCGCACCCUCUUCACCGGUGCCUGGGCAACCCCAAACAAGCAGAUGUACACCAUCCCUGGGGUGUCACCUGAGAUGAUGCACCUCAUCAUCAAUUACGCCUACACCCACUCUGUUGCUGUGACAGAUGUUAACGUGAUGGAGGUUUUGGCAGCUGCAGACCAGUUCUUGGUCACAGGGAUUGUUCAGACCUGCUGCGUCUUCCUGGAGAACCAGCUAUGCCUGGAGAACUGCAUCGGCAUCUGGAGGCAAAUAGACUGCUACCACCUCCCUGAGCUGAAGCACAAGGUCUUCUACUACAUCCUGGACCACUUUGAGGAGUUAGCUUUAGCCUCACAGGAGCUCCUGGAGCUCUCUGUGCAGCAGCUGGCUGCUAUCACUGAGAACGACCACCUCAAUGUGAGACAGGAAAACAUAGUGUUUGAGGCCAUCCUCCGCUGGAUUAACCACCUGCCAGACCAAAGACGAGGUCACAUCUCUGAACUGUUGCCCAAGGUGCGGCUCGGCUUGAUGACCGGGAUUUACCUCCAAAAAGGCGUGAUAGACAAUGCUGUGGUCAUGGACAGCAACGGCUGUGAACCUAUCAUCAAUGAUGCAGUGACAGCAUUCAUGGAGCUUAGGAAUGGAUCCUCAGAAUCUGUCUACGGUAACCCACUGACUCGCCCACGUCUUCCUUCUACCAUCUUAUUGGUCACCGGAGGCAAAGAUGGCAGCAGUGCUGCAACAGGCCUUGAGGCGUACGAUGCCCGAGCGAACUGCUGGGUCACUGUGAGCGCCGGAGAGAUUUGUCGUGCUCACCACGGUGCUGCUGUCCUCAACAGCUUUGUGUACUUAAUCGGUGGCUGCAACAUCGCAACUAACAUGAAUACUGUGCAAAAGUUUGACCUCGUCACCUGCACAUGGCAACAGGUGGCAUCCAUGAACCACCGUCGCUGCUAUGUCAGCGUUGUCGUGCAGAAUGGGUGCAUUUACGCCAUUGGAGGCUUCAGUGGACGAUCUUACCAUAACAGCGUCGAGUGCUACGAGCCUAAGACUGACAGGUGGACCAUGGUGGCACCCAUGCAUUCAAGGAGGAGUGGGGCCGGUGCCACAACUCUGAAUGGCAAGGUGUACGUUUGUGGAGGUUUCAACGGGAAUCGCACUCUCUCCUCGGCUGAAUGCUACAACCCCAGCAUCAACCAGUGGACCGUGAUCGCCUUCAUGAGGACGUGCCGAAAUGGCCUGGGGGUUGCUGCCUACAAAGGCAACAUCUAUGUGGUUGGUGGCACCGUCAGGAACAUCCAACUGAGCACCGCUGAGGUGUACAACCCUCGGACCAACAGGUGGGACACCGCACCAUCCAUGUGCAACCCCCGCAGCUACUUUGGCAUUGAGGUGGUGGACGACCAGCUCUUUGUGGUCGGAGGUUAUGGCAGCUCCAUCACUAUGUCAUCUGUGGAGUGCUAUGAUGAGGAGGCUGGUAUGUGGUUCAGGGCCUCUGACAUCGAGAUGCCCCGCAGUGGCUUGAGCUGCUGUGUGUUGCAUGGACUCCAUGGCGUGGUGGAGAACUUGUUCCCUCGUGGUCCCCUGAUGCUCCCCAACAUGGAGGAAGCUGCAGGAGGAUCCAGCUGA